CUAGACCUUGCUUCUUUCUGUGGUUUGGUUUCUAUAGAGACACUUCCUGUGGCAGAGAAAAGAGGUAGUGAGCUGGUGUUUCAGGAUGUGAGGGCCCGUAGCGGCGGAGCCCGGCUCUCCCCAUCGCCAGCCGCACGAGCUCCAGCCAGUGCUGCCCACAGUCCCCAAUGGUGGGCGCCCCCCACGGCGGGGACCCGUGAUCGCGGCGGCAUGCCAGGGAAGCCCAAGCACCUGGGCGUCCCUAACGGGCGCAUGGUUCUGGCUGUCUCAGAUGGAGAGCUGAGCAGCACAGCAGGGUCCCAGGGCCAGGAUGAGGGGGGCCGCGGCAGCUCUCUCAGCAUCCACAGCCUCCCCAGCGGCCCCAGCAGCCCCUUCACGGCCGAGGAGCAGCCUGUGGCUGGCUGGGCCCUAUCCUUUGAGCGGCUGCUGCAGGACCCACUGGGCCUGGCUUACUUUACAGAGUUCCUGAAGAAGGAGUUCAGCGCCGAGAACGUCACUUUCUGGAAGGCUUGUGAGCGCUUCCAGCAGAUCCCGGCCAGCGACACCCAGCAGCUAGCUCAGGAGGCCCGCAGCAUCUACCAGGAAUUCCUAUCCAGCCAGGCGCUGAGCCCCGUGAAUAUCGACCGGCAGGCCUGGCUCGGCGAGGAGGUGCUGGCCCAGCCGCGGCCAGACAUGUUCCGGGAGCAGCAGCUGCAAAUCUUCAACUUGAUGAAGUUCGACAGCUAUGCGCGCUUCGUCAAGUCCCCGCUGUACCGCGAGUGCCUCCUGGCCGAGGCCGAGGGGCGCCCCCUGCGGGAACCGGGCUCCUCGCGCCUGGGCAGCCCCGAUGCUACAAGGAAGAAGCCGAAGCUGAAGCCCGGGAAGUCGCUGCCACUGGGUGUGGAGGAGUUGGGACAGCUGCCGCCUGCUGAGGGCCUUGGGGGCCGCCCGCUUCGCAAGUCCUUCCGCAGGGAGCUGCCCUGCGGGGCAGCAAACUCGGGCCUGCGCCGGGAAUCUCAGGGCUCCCUCAACUCCUCCGCCAGUCUGGACCUCGGCUUUCUUGCCUUCGUCAGCAGCAAAUCCGAGACUCAGAGCCACAGGAGGAGCCUGGGGAGCACGGAAGGGGAGAGUGAGAGCCGCCCAGGGAAGUACUGCUGCGUGUACCUGCCUGACGGCACAGCCUCCUUGGCCCUGGCCCGUCCCGGCCUCACCAUCCGCUCCAUGCUGGCAGGCAUCUGUGAGAAACGAGGCCUCUCCCUACCUGACAUCAAGGUCUACCUGUUGGGCAAUGAACAGAAGGCCCUGGUCCUGGAUCAGGACUGUACCGUUUUGGCGGACCAGGAAGUGCGGCUGGAGAACAGGAUCACCUUCGAGCUGGAGUCGGCGGUGCUGGAGCGCGUGGUACGGAUCUCGGCGAGGCCCACCAAGCGGCUGCAGGAGGCGCUGCAGCCCAUCCUGGCCAAGCACGGCCUCCGCCCGCAGCAGGUGGCACUGCUCCGGCCAGGUGAGACGCAACCGCUGGAUCUGGAGAAGCUCGUGAGUUCGGUGGCGGCCCAGAGACUGGUUUUGGAGACCCUCCCAGAUGCGAAGAUUCCCGAAGCCGGCGACCUAGCCCCCCACCGCAGCCAGGGCGGCCCUCCCAGAACCCAGAAUAAGGCCGCCCAUCCCCACUCGCUGGCCCAGCUGCACAGUAGCACUGCCGGGAAGCGACAGACCUGUGACAUCGAAGGCCUGGUGGAGCUGCUAAACCGUGUGCAGAGCAGCGGUGCCCACGACCAGAGGGGUCUUCUGCGCAAAGAGGACCUGGUGCUUCCGGAGUUUCUGCAGCUGCCCACCCAAGAGCCCAGCUCCCAGGAAGCCCCAGCACAGACUGAAUCAGCGGCCCCGCCCACGAGGGGUCCCUCGGACUCCACUGCCCACCCGGCCCUCUGACAGCUGCCCAACAGUCCAGGCCAGCUGCAUGGCACCUGGCGGGCCGAGCAUGCCAUGGGUCCGCUCUGCAUGCUCUGUCUGUGCCACAAGUGUCCCUGGCCCCUUCCUGCCACGGGCAGGCCCACAGGAAGAGCCAGGAGGGGGUGGGGAAGGGCUCAGAGGAGCCACCACCCCCUCCCUACGGCUGCCACCACCUGGUCCCACACAGGCUCACCCACCCACACCUUGCAGCCAGGCCCCUGGGUGCAGGCAUGCCUGACAUGCAGGGGCGGCGUUGGCAGUGCCAGCCUCCCCACCCUGUGCCCAGCCUUGGUAGGGGGGCAGGAGGAGGGGCCGGGCCCCUCCCCAGGGCGCUGGUAUGAGUCAGGCUGGGGAGGGGUGCAGGUGGGCAGCCCCCCCCUCCACCUAUAGAGACGGUUCUGUACAUAUGGAUUUUGCAGUUGGCUUUGGGGCAGCUGGGUAUGUCCUGGAUGUACGAUAUUGUUAUUAUAAUAAUUAUUAUUCUGC